UCAUCCUGUCUAUCUCUGCUGCUCAGUUUCCCAUCCUCUACUCAACCAUCCUCGAAUCCAUCUUUCCAAAAUGCGCGAAAUUGUGCAUUUGCAGGCCGGUCAGUGCGGAAACCAAAUCGGAGCCAAGUUCUGGGAGGUGAUCAGUGAUGAGCACGGCAUUGAUCCCACUGGUACCUACCACGGAGACAGCGAUCUGCAGCUAGACAGGAUCAGUGUCUAUUAUAAUGAGGCCACAGGUGGUAAGUAUGUGCCCAGAGCCAUCCUGGUGGAUCUGGAGCCUGGUACGAUGGACUCAGUCAGGUCUGGUCCCUUUGGGCAGAUCUUCAGACCCGACAACUUUGUCUUUGGCCAGAGUGGAGCUGGAAACAACUGGGCCAAGGGCCACUACACUGAGGGAGCCGAGCUGGUCGACUCUGUCCUGGACGUAGUGAGGAAAGAGGCUGAGAGCUGCGACUGCCUUCAGGGCUUCCAGCUUACUCACUCCCUGGGUGGUGGUACUGGCUCUGGCAUGGGCACCCUGCUCAUCAGCAAAAUUCGUGAGGAGUACCCUGAUCGUAUCAUGAACACCUUCAGUGUGGUGCCUUCUCCUAAGGUGUCCGACACUGUGGUGGAGCCCUACAAUGCCACCCUCUCUGUCCACCAGCUGGUAGAGAACACAGAUGAGACCUACUGCAUUGACAACGAAGCUCUCUACGACAUCUGCUUCCGCACACUUAAACUCACCACCCCCACUUAUGGCGAUCUCAACCAUUUGGUGUCCGCCACCAUGAGCGGAGUGACCACCUGCCUGCGUUUCCCCGGACAGCUCAACGCUGACCUCCGUAAACUAGCUGUUAACAUGGUGCCCUUCCCACGUCUUCACUUCUUCAUGCCAGGCUUCGCCCCCCUCACCAGCAGGGGCAGCCAGCAGUACCGCUCCCUGUCUGUGCCCGAGCUCACCCAGCAGAUGUUCGAUGCCAAGAACAUGAUGGCUGCGUGCGACCCACGUCACGGCCGCUACCUCACCGUGGCUGCAGUGUUCAGGGGCCGCAUGUCCAUGAAGGAGGUGGAUGAGCAGAUGCUGAACGUGCAGAACAAGAACAGCAGCUACUUCGUUGAAUGGAUCCCCAACAAUGUGAAGACCGCCGUCUGUGACAUCCCACCCCGUGGCCUCAAAAUGGCUGCCACUUUCAUCGGCAACAGCACAGCCAUCCAGGAGCUGUUCAAGCGCAUCUCCGAGCAGUUCACCGCCAUGUUCCGUCGCAAGGCCUUCCUCCACUGGUACACUGGUGAGGGCAUGGAUGAGAUGGAGUUCACUGAGGCCGAGAGCAACAUGAAUGACCUGGUGUCCGAGUACCAGCAGUACCAGGAUGCCACUGCCGAGGAGGGCGAGUUUGAGGAAGAGGGAGAGGAGGAAGUCGCCUAAAAACCUUCACCUCCACCCAGCUGCCAAACCUCAUUUUACCUCACCCAUCCACCGACUCCAUCCCUUUCAUCCCUCUCCAUUAUGAAUUGAAUGGUCCGCCACACUGAAAAACUGUCACUAUCUAGAUCACUGUUGCUCUAGUGUUAGACAUUGAUGUUAACUGAUACUAGUGAACUUUUUGGUUAAAAUGUUUUUUUGGUAUGUUGUGAAUGCACUGAAUUAUUGACAUCCUUACAUCUGUCCUGUC